AUCAAUGGAAUGAUUAUGUACAGUGCUGGAUUCACUAACAACAGACCUUUCAGCUCUAGUGCUGUGCACUCCUGCAACCCUGGCUACACUCUCACUGGAGGUACCUUUAGGGUCUGUGUGACUGGAAGGAGAUGGACUGGGUUACCUCCAACUUGUCAGCAGCAACUUUGUUCUGAUUUACCACCACUAAUGAAUGGAGGCAUUAUCUACAUUGGUGGACUCACUGACAGCAGACCUGUUAAUACCGUUGCUAUCUACACUUGUGACACUGGAUACACUCUCAAUGGAGGUACUUCAAGGGUCUGUGUGACUGGUGGAAUGUGGAGUGGGUCACCUCCUGUGUGUCAGCGUAUCUGCUCAAACUUACCCCCACUGACCAAUGGGAUGAUCUCCUAUAGUGGUGAAUCCCCUGACGUGGCCACCUACACUUGUGACACUGGCUACACUCUCAAUGAUGGAGACGCUACCAGGACUUGUGGGAAUGGAGGAGUGUGGAGUGGGUCAUAUCCAGUGUGUCAGCCUGACUGCCCUGACUUACUCCCACUGAUCAAUGGGAUGAUUAUGUACAGUGCUGGAUCCACUAACAACAGACCUCUCAGCUCUAGUGCUGUGCACUCCUGCAACCCUGGCUACACUCUCACUGGAGUGAGCACGAUCAGGUUCUGUGUGACUGGAGGGAGAUGGAAUGGGUUAGCUCCAAUUUGUCAGCGUAACCUGAACACAGGACCCACUGAACCACCCACCACCUGUCCUGACCUCACUGUACCAACCAAUGGAAUGAUCAGCUACAAUAUGGGGGCUGUUAGUCUGAGACCAGUGAACACUGUGGCCACCUACACCUGUGUCACUGGCUUCACUCUCAGUGGAGGUACUUCAAGGGUCUGUGUGACUGGAGGAGUGUGGAGUGGGUCAGCUCCAGUGUGUCAGCCUAACUGCCGUGACUUACCCUCACUGACCAACGGGAUGAUUAUGUACAGUGCUGGAUCCACUGACAACAGACCUUUCAGCUCUACAGCUGUGCACUCCUGCAACCCUGGCUACACUCUCACUGGAGGUAUCAGCAGGGUCUGUGUGAGUGGAGGGAGAUGGAGUGGGUCAGCUCCAAUUUGUCAGCGUAUACGACCUUGUUUUGAUUUACCACAACUAAUGAAUGGAGGCAUUACCUACACUGAUGGACUUGCUGACAGCAGACCUAUUAAUACCGUUGCUACCUACACUUGUGACAAUGGCUACACUCUCACUACUGGAGGGAGUUUCAGACAAUGUCAGAAUGAUGGCACCUGGAGUGGGUCAGCUCCAACCUGUCAAUUGAACACAGUACCCACUGAACCACCAACCACCUGUCCUGACCUCACUGUACCAGGCAAUGGAAUGAUCAGCUACAAUAUGGGGACUUUUAGUCCGAGACCAGUGGACACUGUGGCCACCUACACCUGUACCACUGGCUACACUCUCAAUGGAGGCAGCACCAGGACUUGUGGGAGUAAUGGGACCUGGAGUGGGUUUGCUCCAAUAUGUCAGCCUAACUGCCCUGACUUACCCUCACUGACCAAUGGGAUGAUUAUGUACAGUGCUGGAUCCACUGACAACAUACCUUUCCUCUCUAGUGCUACACACUCCUGCAACCCUGGCUACACUCUCACUGGAGGUACCAUCAGGGCUUGUGUGAGUGGAGGGAUCUGGACUGGGUCAGCUCCAACUUGUCAACGAGCUUGUUUUGAUUUACCACCACUAAUGAAUGGAGGCAUUACCUACGCUGGUGGACUUGUUGACAGCAGACCUAUUAAUACCAUUGCUACCUUCACUUGUGACAAUGGCUACACUCUCACUGGAGGGGGUUUCAAAACUUGUCAGAAAGAUGGGACCUGGAGUGGAUCAGCUGUAAGCUGUCAAUUGAACACAGGACCCACUGAACCAUCCACCACCUGUUCUGACCUCACUGUACCAGCCAAUGGAAUGAUUGGCUACAAUAUGGGGACUGCUAGUCUGAGACCAGUGGGCACUGUGGCCACCUACACCUGUAACACUGGCUACACACUCAAUGGAGACGUCACCAGGACUUGUGGGAGUGAUGGAGUGUGGAGUGGGUCAGCUCCAACUUGUCAAGCCACCUGUCUUGACCUCACUGUACCAGUCAAUGGAGUGAUCAUCUACAGCUCUAGUACCUCACCACACCCUCAGGGAACCAUGGCUACACAGAGCUGCUUGAAUGGAUACGUACCCUCCACUACCAGCACUGCUACCAGAGUGUGUAGAGCUGACAGAUUGUGGAGUGGAUCAGCUCUCACUUGUCAAUUACCUCCUGUUUACGUCUCCGUGGGAUCCACCAACUAUCUUGCUAUGAACUCACAGGUUGCCAUAAAUACCAUCGGAGAUACCACUGAGACAGCACUGACUUGCAGAACUGACUCAACUAUUUGCUGUACAGCACAAGAUAAUUCAGGAGAUUGGCUACUACCAAAUGGAACAGUUGUCACUAGGAGUCAGGACAUUACUGAUUCAGACACUGAUCUACUGUACAGUGUUGGAGAUACAGGUGCACUCAGACUCCAUCGUCGAGGGUCUGUGUCAGGCCCCACUGGCUCCUACUGCUGUGUGAUUCCUGACAAUACUGGAGCAGAACUGGCAUUCUGUGUGCAGUUAGUGACUGAAGUCAUCACUACCUCUCCUCUCACUACAACCUCUACUGAUGAGAGCUCUCUUUGUCAGAGUGACAACACUGGUGCUGUGGUGGGAGGAGUGGUGGCCCUGGUAGCAAUGGUGGUGAUUGCAGUGACUGUAGUGAUGGUGACCUACCUAGUGCUCCGGUACAAGAGAGGAGAGAAAAUGACUGUUCCUCGAGAUAUCUCCCUUACUGACCAGGGUCAAAGUGCAGCCGCUACCUACGAGACCGUCCCUGCCACUUAUGAGGAGAUCCCAUCCUCCAGAGAGGUCAAAGGUGACUACAGCUACACACAGAACAAUGCCUACUCGACUGUGAGUGGGCGUGAGGCUCCUGCUGCUAGAGGAAUAUACGAUAACUGAACUAUCACAUGACUCAAGUAGAAAACAUUUGUUUAGUUUAUUUUUAUUUGAUACAGAUAUACGUACUUUACCUCUCCUUUUCACCCACAAAAAUGUUAUGGCACAAAACAAUAAUAAUGUAGAAUAAAUUUAUGAUGGCUUUUAAAAUAAUGAUAGAAUAGAAAAUUGAUUAACAAGGAAAACUAUGUGUGUAGGUAAAGAUCGUUAAUGGAACA